AUGGAUCACACCUACACCAACCUCUCUGAACUAGACCAAGCCCGGCAUAAUUCAACCAUCUCUAUGGCUCGAUCGAUGCGUGUGGCUAAGCAGGAGCGCAAUCUUGUAGAGCGAGAUGACAAGCCACGGAAGCAGAGGAAACGGGCUCUAGUUGCAUGCAAUCGAUGCCGGAAGAGAAAAAUCAAGUGCAACGGAGAUCUCAACACUGGCCUAGCUUGCUCCAGCUGCCGUAGUGUUGGAGCUACUGAAUGUCAAUACAUAAGAGUCAACUCUUUGGCUCCCGAGGACGCUGCUAGAGAAGCAGCUAGGCUCUAUGCAAACAAGGGUCAAGGGAAGUCAAUCUUUAUGGGAUCCCCUCAAAUGCGGGCUCCAUACCAGCGAGGAGAGUACGAACUGGAUAUUCAAUCCAACUUCUCACGGCAACCCAUCGACAUGGAUCACUCCUAUGACGACCAUUCAGUCAACUAUCAUGGACAGACAUCACCAGGAUACAUGCUAUCCAGCACUCCGGGAGCAAUGCUCGACUAUGGUACCACAUGGAGCAACCGUACUUGGGAUCUUAACGGUAGACCCAACGGCGAGUUCUUCGAAGAACCAAACAGCAACGUGAACCAAGCUGCAUACGGUUUUGUCCUCUCAGGUCAAGGCAUGUCCACCGAAAUGCCCCAGUCAACAGGAGCAAUGGCAACGUCCUACCCCGACGCAGUAGACCGCACUCUCCCAACACCUCCAACCUGCCGAAGCCAACCCCAGCCCCAGUCCAACAUCAACCUCUCUACUCUCCCAGAUGGCCUCUCAAAUAUGACCCUAGCCACUGAUGCAAAGGGCCAGACCUGGAACUCGCGGUAUGCAGCUUCCCCAGACGGCCGCACAGUGGCCAUGUCCACCGUCCCAAGCAACGGUCUCUACAACAUCAAUCCCUCAGCACGUGUCAAGUCAAAUGAUUCUGACGAUGGAACACACAACCUCGUCUUCGGUUACAUCCCCAUGGCCACAACAGAUGAUUCCUCUCCUCUUCCUCCAUCGUCCUCAUCCUCUAUGGCCUCCUCCGCUAGCACCCUAGGCGAGUACAACACGUCCGAUACACGUCUAGGACGCAACUUCUCGCGCGACAGCGGCGCCGGACAGCGUCUGCUCACCUUGGCUUCUGAUUGUGCACCCGAUGUGUAUGGUUAUUCCGGCAGUGACCGCAGGCGAUCCAGGGGUAUUGCCGAGGCGGAUGUGCGCUGUUCAGCACCGACGCUUGUGAAUGGGUUGCCCUAUACGCGUGUUCGACAUGCAGACUCGGCGGUUGGUUUGCCGUAUGGAUUCUUGCCUGAUAACUUGUCUGAUUAUGGGCGUUCGGUUGAUAGUUUGCAUCGUCCUCCCAUUUCGUCCUUGGGACAUCAAGGGGCGUAUUGA